AUGCCAUUAUUUAUCUAUCUAUCUAUCUAUCUAUCUAUCUAUGUAGUUAUUUGUCCAAUUCGUGGCUUUUUUCCAUUUUGCAUCUAUCUAUCUAUCUAUCUAUCUAUCUAUCUAUCUAUCUAUCUAUCUAUCUAUCUAUCUCAUUCUGUUCAUUAUCUAUCUAUCUAUCUAUCUAUCUAUCUAUCUAUCUACAUAGUUUAUGAAUAUUCCCCCUCUCUUGAUGACAACCAGUUCAAACCAUUCUCUCUUUCCCCCUUUUUCCGACAACGCAUUUUCUCUUCUCAAUGUUUUUACAUAAUUUCGUGUUACCGCCCCCCCCACCCCACACGACCAAGCCCAUCCUUUCCCUCUUCUUGUCUCUCUUUAUUUAUUUGGCUUCUCACUCUCUUUAACCCUCGUCCCACUAUAAGCGCAAAUCCCCGCACCUCCGUCCCACUAAUAAGCGCAAAUCCCGCACCUCCUCCUUUUCGAUCAUUCUUCCCCCGUUCUCUUUUCCAUCUCAUCAAUUCUUCCUGCUUUCUUUUUUUUUCUCUAAAAUCUAUUCCUUCCGUUUCCUGUCUAAAACUUCCUUCCUUAUUCUUUUCUUCAUUCUUUCUUUCCAGAUAUUUUCUCCAAGAAUCUAUUCCUUAUGGCCCUUCCUUCUCUUUCUGA